ACGGCGCCGUGCGGGGCUGGGGCUGUUCGCGCCGCCGCCGCCGUUGUUGCUGCCGCCGCGGGAGCCCCGGCGGGGAGCGAUUCCCCGGCCUCAUCGCCCGUUCUCCCCGGGCGGGAGGAGGCGCUCUCGCCAUGGCCACCAGCACCACGGGCUCCACGCUGCUGCAGCCCCUCAGCAACGCCGUGCGGCUGCCCGUGGACCAGGUCAACUUUGUAGUGUGCCAACUGUUUGCCUUGCUUGCGGCUGUUUGGUUUCGAACAUACCUUCAUUCAAGCAAAACUAGCCCAUUUAUAAGGCAUGUUGUUGCAACCCUCUUGGGCCUUUAUCUUGCACUUUUUUGUUUUGGAUGGUAUGCCUUACAUUUUGUUAUACAAAGUGGAAUUUCCUACUAUAUCAUGAUCAUAAUAGGAGUGGAAAAUAUGCACAAGUAUUGCUUUGUUUUUGCUUUGGGAUACCUCACUGUGUGCCAAAUUACUAGAGUCUAUAUCUUUGAUUAUGGACAGUAUUCUGCUGAUUUUUCUGGUCCAAUGAUGAUAAUUACACAGAAGAUCACUAGUUUGGCAUUCGAGAUUCAUGAUGGAAUGUUUCGGAAAAAUGAAGAUUUGACUCCAUCGCAGAGGUGCUUGGCUGUAAGACGCAUGCCAAGUCUCCUGGAGUAUUUAAGUUACAACUGUAAUUUCAUGGGUAUCCUGGCAGGCCCGUUAUGCUCUUACAAAGACUAUAUUACUUUCAUUGAAGGCAGAUCAUACCAACUGCAACAGUCUGAAGCAAAUGGGAAGGAAGAUACCAAAUAUGAACAAACGGAUCCUUCCCCAAAUAUAGCUGUGGCACAGAAGCUCUUAAUCUGUGGACUGUCCUUACUCUUCCACAUGACAAUUACAGAAACUUUGCCUGUGGAAUACAACAUUGAUGAUAACUUCAGAGCUACAGCAUCAUGGCCCAUAAGGUUUUUCUACCUGUACGUGUCUCUUAUGGCUGCCAGACCCAAGUAUUAUUUUGCAUGGACUUUGGCAGAUGCAAUUAAUAAUGCAGCAGGGUUUGGUUUUAGAGGCUAUGAUAAAAAUGGAGUGACGCGUUGGGAUCUAAUAUCAAAUCUGAGAAUCCAGCAAAUAGAGUUUUCCACAAGUUUCAAGAUGUUUCUUGAUAACUGGAAUAUCCAAACAGCUCUUUGGCUUAAAAGAGUGUGCUAUGAGCGCGCCACCUUCAGCCCGACGAUCCAAACCUUCAUCCUUUCUGCCAUCUGGCACGGGGUUUACCCAGGAUAUUACUUAACAUUCUUAACAGGAGUACUAAUGACACUAGCAGCACGAGCUAUAAGAAACAAUAUCAGACACUAUUUUGUUGACUCUCCUGCUGUUAAACUAUGUUAUGAUAUUGUAACGUGGAUGGCAACUCAAGUAGCAAUAAGUUACACAGUCGUGCCAUUUGUACUGCUCUCUGUAAAACCCUCUAUCACCUUUUACAGCUCCUGCUAUUUCUGUCUUCAUAUUGCCAGCAUCCUGGUGUUGUUGGUAUUUCCACUGAAAAGAACUCAAAAAGGAAGUAAAAGGCAUGAAAACGUCCAGCCCGUUUGGUCCAAAAAACUAGAAGAAGAAAAUCUUUUGCAAAAGAACAGUUAUUCCACAACAAAUAAUAGUUUCAGUCAGAAGCAAGAAAUAACCUGCAGAUAUCAAGCAUUGAAACAGUGAUUGAGGAAAUACUAUGAUGAAUAUAUUUUGUAUGUUUUCAGAAACCCAUUUUUAGCACCUUUUAAAGGGGUUUGUAUUUGUUUGCAAAGAUGUUUAGUAAGAAAAGAAUGCAUUACCUACCUAGGAAAAUCACAUACAAUAGCAAGACUGGAAACAAAACAAAAUAACCCCUCCCAUGCCAUGUCCCUGUGGGUCACGCCUUAUAUGAAGAUAUUACCAUUAUUUCAAUGGGCACUCAGGACUUGCAACGUAUGUCCAUAGGGUCAUAUGUGUGCCCUUUGCUGAAUGUACGUUGUAUCCCAAGGCACUGAUGGGGUGGAAUAAAAUUGUGUCAAUCUAGGAUUAACAAAUGGAAAUGGAUUUUUCCAAAUGAAUGACUUGCCUUAAACCCUCUAUUUACUGAAAUAUUGUUUCUAAGUGGGUAUUUUCAAGUUUGAUUUUAUGUGGAAAGCGUAUUUCAAAUAUAUAAUACUAUAUGCUAUAAAGAAGAUAAAAAUAGGAAACGCAAAGUCAUUAGAAGGCAUUUGAAUCUUUAAAAGAGAAUUGCAAUAAGCAUCUCAGUAUUUGGAGGGUUUUCUUAAAGUAUCUCAAACUAUUACAGUACAUUACAGAACUGUAAACAUUACUGAUGCCAAAUUAUAGUUAGGUUUCUUUGAUAAAGAGUAUAAUUACACAUAGCCCUUCUGAAUGGAUUAACAAAAAGUAAAGCACCUAAAGGUUCACAUUUUCUAGGGCUUGAUAGCCCUAAUCUAGGUUUCUUUUACUUUCAAGCACUUAAAACCAAUAAAUCACUGCCAGGUGGGCUUUGCAGCUAGAGAAGGCAGAUGUAGGACACAGAACCCAAUGUGCAAGCACCAGGAUUUCAACGAAAGUGCAUUUUUACUCUUAAAUAGCAGAAAUACUUGUUCUAGAAUAGAACUGUUUUACAAAACAUGAUUUUUAAUACUUAUUUUCAAUUUUCAGGCAUACAGCAGUUAGUUGAUGCUUUCUGUAUAAAGCAGUGAAAUUACCUUGAGCCCUAGUGCAAACAUGGUCAAACAUGAAAUUGCUAUAAUAACCAGUUUCUGUAUACUUGAUAAUUGAUGGCCCUUUAUCCAAAGAAGUAUAUGAAUUUGAGGAAAAGCUUUUUCUUCAAAUUAGAAUUUUAGAUGCAAAGUUCACAUCUCAUUUGUCAGUGACAUAAUGAAAGAAAGAAAUCCUUCAGAAUAGCUGAUUUACUGAAUCAUGGAAAUGUGUCUAGGGAAUAAUUCAGUGGUUAUAUCUAUUCCAGACCAUUUAUUGUGACGGUGGUCCCUGCUAGAGUACUACUGUUAAAGGGCUACAUUUUAAUUCUUUAUAUUCUGUAUUUUCAUAUAAUUUUUUUAAGUAAACACAAACUGUUUAUCUACAUGUUUUUUUUUCUUUUAGCUUUAAAACUGACACAAAAUACUACCAGAGAAAAAUAAUGCAGCUUGUUGAUUAAUAACCUACAAAUGAAUGAGGAGAAAAAUUUUGUCAUAAUAUUUUGAACCUUAAACUUUUUAUCAAAUAUCUGGUACUAAUGGGGUCAAUAAUCUUAGUAUCAGAAGUGCAAUGAUGGUCCUCAGAUUUGGGGAUACUACCAUGCAAAAAGAGUCACAGUAUUUCUGGCUUAUUCUCUCAAGAUCCAGAUCCGAAGUCAGGUCAGAGUUGUUUCCUUGCUGUGCUAGUUCUCUGGCCUUCGGCUCCUUGCCUAAAACUCCAGGAGGAUAACAUACCUUUUCCAUAAGUAUAGGUUAGUGCUAAUUAACCUACACAAUUAGAAAGGGGGAAUUAAAUAUGAGAGUGGAUGAGUCUGUUCAGAUGAGCAGGGAUGUUUGUUGUUUCAGUGACAGCUGUGUUAUCUUUAAGAUAAAAUAAUUUGACGCCUAAAUCCUUACUUUCCUUACCCAAGUAGACCUCCCGUUACAUGGGGUCGUGGUUGUCACAUGCCUCUUUGACAUGGAGUUGUGGGGCUUUUUUUCUGUUGGUUAUCAGUAAGGGCACACUAAUUUAUGUUUGAUUAUCCUUAGUUAGAUACAGAAUCAGGAAAGAUAUUUUCCCCCUUUCUGUUCCUGAAGGGACAUUUACAUAAAGUAAGAAAUUAGAAUUGCACAUUUCUGAGGGGGUGAGCAAAGUUGGGGUUGAUUCUUUCAGCAUUUGUUGCUGUUGAUCUUAAAUUCGUUUGUGGUGCAGCCUACGUAUCUACCCAAACAAGCACUUUUGAAUGCCAGUACAUCAUCUAAUGUGCCAUUAGUUUCCCAUUAAUGUUCUGGUACUCUCGUUUUGCGUGCGUGCCCAUGUGUGUGGUGGAGGCUUACUAAUUCUUCAUUCUGAAAUACGAACAUAGUUGUAAGUGCUCCCAGAAGAUAGGCAGGUUUAGGAUAGUGAAGGCUUGUACUUCAGCGUGAGUGGAUUCACAGGAACAGUUUUGUUUAGAACUUUUGUAUGUGGGGAAGUUAAACCAGCUAAGAAAAUAAGUACAUUAUUUAGUCAGGCACAAGGGGUAAGAUAUAUGGGUUUCAAAAUUAGAUAUGACUUUUUUCUUCAUGAUUUGAACCCCUUAAAUAAUUGCAAUACAAGAAAAUUAUGGCAGUUAAUUAGUUCUGGACAGAAUUUAUUUUGAAGUGUAGUGUCCUAGAUUUUACCCUUUAAAUGGCAUCGCUGAAUAUAAAAGUACUUUGAACCAAAACCUGCUCUUCAUGCAAAUAAAGUCUCUUGGGGACUAUGGAAAGAGGUUUUUCUGUUCUAAUGGCAGCACUCUGAUUUCAGUCAAACUGGGGUUUUGUUGUUGCUCUCCCUCUGCUUUACUAGUUUUCUGCCUUGCUAUCACACUGGAUCUUUUUAUCCAUCCAAAGCCGAGAGCAGCCAGCCCCGAUGCUUUAGAUAAUUUUUAGAUUUUACACACAUCAUUUUAUAAUACUGAAUUUGAAAAGAUGGUGGUGAUUUACUAUUGCUCUUGCUGAGAAAAACGGGAAAAAGUAAAUUUCCUAGAAAAGUUUUGGGCAUGAAGGAAAACAUGGUUUUAAGUGUUCUUUCACUUAUUAACUAACAUAUAUCCAAAAAGUAAAAGUGUUUUCUGUAUUGCAGGUCAGCACAUUAUGAAAAGUAAAUACAACAUAUCAUUCAUAAUUUUAUGGUGCUUUGCAGAUAUUUGCCUAUUGUGAACAAUUCAUUCAGGCACUUAAUGAGUUAAUGUUAGUAAAUGUAGUAACCCUGAUAGUAACUAUUUGCUUGUGUAACCUUUUUUAACCUUUAUGAUUCUGUAUUAAUGAAAGAGUUAUAUUUAAAUAAUACUGUCAGUGGUGCCUACUACUGUUGUAAUCGGGAAGGCUUUGUUAGCUUUACAGUUACAGGUAUGCCCUUAUUCAGGAAACUUAUUCUUCCAUGGCCAUUCCUUAAGUUGACAUGUAGACAAGGUUUCAGUAAUAGGUGACAUUUUAAAAUAUAUUACCAUGUAAAAAUAUUGGUAUGCAUUUCAAUAUGCUCUUGAUAAGAAUUCAUAUUAGUGAGAAGACUUUACAAAGAGAUAUUUGUACAUUCCCUGCUCUACACUGACUUGUGGUAGGAGUUUUACCAGUAAGUAUAUUAUUUAUUAGAAAAACUUUACACUGAAAUAACUUGUUUCUCCUGUGGGAAUAAGUCAUAUGAAUAUAACUGCUAUGCUUGUAUGACAGGAUGCACAGUAGGUAGUUGUGCCUCUUUUGAUGGCAUUGAUUCGGUUAGUGUUAAAAUGUCCUCUGAUGCAGAGGAGACCCUUAUGAGAUCUUCACAUCCUGUCAAAUUCAUAUCAAAAGUAAUUUUAACAGAGUCUGAAUUUUUCUCUCGGAACCUUUGCAAACAAAUUGUUGACAAUUUGUUUAAACAUGGUCCAAUGUGUCCUCACAUUCACCUGCAAAUGUGUCACAGUUGCUUACAUGUAAACUUUCACGUGCUCAACUUUCUAAGUUGGCCUUAAAUGAGAAAUUUAAAAGCACAAGUUAUUAAUUUAGGCUUUCAUUUCCCCUGUCCUUAAGUCUUUCACUUUGUAAUUCUCAUUGAAUUCUGAAAUCAGGUUUGAGAAGUUUUUUCAUUUUCAAUGACAAUUUGGAAAUACUGGCAUUUGUAUUGAAAAGUGAUCAGUGUUAGAAAAACAGAUGGAAAUAAAUUUAAGGAUUUUUGAUAUGAAGCAGACUCUGAAGUAUAAAAAAUAUAUAAUGGUUCUGUGCUGAUUCAUCACAGUAUUUCACUACAUGAUUAGCCUUUAUUUGUGUAUUUAGCUCCAGUAACACUUUGAACAGCACUUGGAAGUAUUUUUUAAUUUCCUGGUAAAAAAAUCAAUUGGCUAUAUCUAUUUAAAGUUGAAAAAGUAUUUAAAUGCUAUGCUAAAUAAUUAUCUAAGCAGAUGCUCAUGUGAAUUGAGCCUGCUCUCAUUAGAUUACCAAGUGAAUUGAGCUGGAUUUCAUUAGAUUACCAGAUCUAAUAUAUAUAUCUAAUAUCUAAGCUAGUUUGCACUGUUGGUCUUGAUCAUGUUCAUAGUCAUGGUGGAAAAGCUGGCUGUGAAGAAGCCUCUGCUAAGAAACAUCCAUCAGUGGCUGGGAGGAUUUGCGUUCCUGGAGGGAGCUAACCAUAUAUGUAGAGCUUGACAGAGGAUCUGCUUGCUUGUUACCCAGGCUGCAGCCACUCUAUGGUACACCUGCCUGGAUUUUUUGAUGUGUUUGCUGGUUUAAUCAAGACAUUGGGCAAACAUCAUGAAAUCCAGGCAUCCACAGUCACCCUGCCAUAUUACAACUGCAAAUACUGCAACAGUUGAUUAUUAUGGUCAAAACUAAAUAAAAAAAAAAAUAAAAUCUUGUUUUGAGAUCAGCUUUUCGUAUAUUUUUUACAAAAUCUAAUUAUUAACUGUAUCGAUUUUUAUCCCAUUAAGUAUUUAAAGAUAUUUUUGCUCAUUUUGGCUAUAUAAAUGUGCAAAAGCAAAUUUUGGCACUUCAGCAUCAUCUGUGCAUUAGCUGUGUGUCCAGUGACUUAGGUCUGGUUUUGGUUUUAGACAUUUUUAGAAUUUUCUAAAUCCAUGUAUAUGUCCAUAUAAACAUUGUGUGAACUUUAUGAAUUAACAAACUGAAGUUACAUACAGUGUGCAUAAAUACACUUAAAGUAGGCCAUGUCGGUAUCUACAUGAGGCUAGUGUUGCGCCUUCUGGUUCUGUAGUGCAUCUGCUGAAGGUUCCUGGGCUCUGCUCUCAGAGUACUAACCUUACUGCUUCCUGAAGUGAAGAUAGAAUCUGUUGGUUACACUCUAAGUGGAAAGUAAAGGGCUGCUUUUACUCUGUUGCAAACCAACUCUUACGGGAUAUUCUGCUGCAGGCUAUGAGUACAGAACUCGACUUCAGAUACAUGACUGAAAUCUGAGAGCCACUUUCGGAGGAAACUUUAUAUUAAAAGUGGCUCGGUUCAGCACCUUAUUCCAGGUGAACCUCUUGGCAAAAGAGACAUCUGCACAAUCUUCCUUCCUUUUGUUCUCUGAGGGAGAAAUGCCCCAAGCUGGAUUUUAAUUUAGGUUUCACUACACUGUCAUAUGAACAGAUAGCUGUGAUCCAUGCUCUAGUUGGAUUAGGCUUCCAAACUGUGACGAUGUAAUCUAAAACAAAGAGAAACAGGGUGCCCAAAGACCAGUGAUCAGGAUAGUGCAACACUACGUAUUAAAGGUGCAACAAUCUUUUGUCACAAAAAGUUAAGGAGUAUUUGCCUAUGCAUAUUUUGCCUUUCUAUGUGUUUGAGUUCUCUUUACAUCUUUUCUUUGUACCUUCUUUUGCCCGGUGGUGUUGACUAUUCCUACGGAGAAUCUUCUGACGUGUCUUACUGUGACAAAGGCGUCAAAAUGGUACAAUAGUAAUUAGGUAGUUAUUCUUAAAUCCCAGACCUCAGUUGUGUUCUAGAUCAGUUAGAGAACAUUCAAAACGUGUUGAAUGAAAAAUAGUGUAAGAUGGGUAAAUAUAGCAUUGUUCAAAGAUGUUGUACUAAGUUAUUCAAUUUAAGAAUUUAAAAUAUGGAAAUUGUUUCUCUCCUGCCUUGGUUACAGAUUGAAGGGAAUAGUUUUACCUCAAUGCAGAAGUAGUUAUGCCUACAACCACCCAUACGUUAAGGUGAGAAAACACCCCUCAAAGUGGAUAGCUACAGUAUUCCUAAAUUUGCCUUUCCUGGUUCAGAUUAUAAUGCAUUGUCAGUGAAUUUCAUUUUUAUUAUUCCAAAAUAUAUAUUUUUUAAAAAGUGUUAUUUUUCAACAGAUCCAUAAACUAAGUGUUGGUGUAUGGUAAAAUUAAAAUACCACUGUUAGUUACACUGUGAUUGUGAUAUUUUAAUAAUUACUUAUUUCUAAUUUGUCUCAGCAGUGCUGCAGAAGCAGCAUGCUGUUAUGUUUUAAAGGUGUUUUUAACUUGCCUAUAAAUGUUUUUUUCUAAUUUGUGUCUUUAAAUCUAAUUAAACUGUAGUU